UGACCCAAGGAUCACCUCAUUUCUACGGAUGAGGGGAAGAGCUUUUGCCCCACGACAAACCUACCACGACAGUAUAUAAAGCUCGUGGUAUGAUGGCAAGACCUUCAGGUCGUAGUUAACCACAUCCAUUCCACAAUUCACGCAAAACUCACCUCGCGAACAUGACCUACGACAUCUCAAUCAAGAAAGUCGCCGUGGCAGGUGCCAGUGGACCCGUAGGCACCGCCAUCCUCAAAGAACUUCUGAAAUCCCAACUCUUCGAAAUCACGGUCCUAACCCGCCAAGCCAGCCACCACACUUUUCCCCCAGGAGUCAAAGUAUGUCCCAUCGACUACACAUCCACGGACUCCCUCAUCGCCGCUCUCAGCGGCCAAGACGCACUCGUUUCCUCUGUGUCUAUGGCAGCAGUACCCUCCCAACGCCUCCUAAUCGACGCCGCCGUCAAAGCCGGUGUAAAACGCAUCAUCCCUUCAGAAUUCGGUUGUGACCUCAAAAACACCAAUACCAGGAAACUCCCCGUCUUCGCCGGUAAAGUUGACAUUGAGCGCUAUCUCGACGAGCUAGCCAUCAAGGGCGAAACGAGCUAUACUCUUGUGUUCUGUGGUCCAUUCCUUGAUCUCGGCCUCAGACAAGGCAUCUUCUUGAACUUCGAACAGAGGAAGGCGAAUAUCUAUGAUGGUGGCGAGCAGUUGAUCAGUACGAGUCGACUGGGGACUGCUGGGAAGGCCGUUCGUCGUAUUCUGACGCACCCGAGAGAGACGGCUGAUCGGGCGGUUUGGGUCAAGGAUAUUGAUAUUUCUCAAAAUCAACUUUUGAAGUUAGCGCAGAGUCUGACUCCGGGUGAGGAAUGGGAGGUUACCCAUGUGAGUACGGCGGAGUUGGAGAAGGAGAGUAUGGAGGAGAUUAAGAGGAAGGAAGUUGGUGUGAAGCCGAUGCAGGGACUGCUGUUGAGGGGUAUCUUUGCGCCGGAGUGUGGGAAUUUGUUUCAGCAUGUGCAUAAUUCCGUGCUUGGAAUUACAGGAAUUUCGGGACCAGAUUUGGAGGAGUUGGUUGCUAGUAUUUUUGGGACGAAGAAGUUGGAGUGAGGGAAAGAUUGUAAAUAGGAGUAGGUUGCUUGAUGGGCGUUAUUGUCUCCCCUAUGUUGAGUGAGGAAGUCAAAGUAAUCACAGUCAGAAAAUUAGUGGAGUCAAAAUGAAGAGUGUAUUCGAGAUGAGUGCUGCCAAGAUAAUGCGCCACCCGAGCCAGCCAAG